UCCGCUGGGAAUCGCCCCCGGGUUGUGCCCGCAGGUGCAGCAGGCCUCGGGAUGCUCGGUCCCCGGUUCCCCAGGUGCACCCAGCGCCCUCCCAGCCCGGUUCCACCCCAGCCGGGAUGGCACGGUCUGACCGGGAAGCAGGGGCUGCUCUGGCACUGCGCGGGAGGCCCGGGGGUGCUGCCACCGGCUCACCCAGGUGCCCCUGCAGCUCUUGUGGAGGUGCCCGUGCAGCUCUCACCCAGGUAUCCAUUUAUCUCUCACUCAGGUGCCGAUACAGCUCUCACCCAAGAGAGAGCUGCUCAUGCAGCUCUCAUCUAGGUGCCUGUAUUGCUGUCCCCCAAGUGCCUGUAUGGCUCUCACCCGUGUGCCCGUUUAUGUCUCACCAAGGCGCCCAUGCAGCUGUCACCUGGGUGCCUGUACAGCUCCCACCCAGCUGCUCAUGCUGUUCCCACCCUCCCUGACUUUGGGGCUGUGAUCACGCGGGCAGCGCUUGCCACGGUCAUUGAUCCCCCACCGUGGAGGAGAGGGCAAAGUUGAAUGUUCUGUGCCUGUUACGUGGCUGUCCCAGCAGCUCGAAGAGACAGCUCAUCCCAUUAGGGCUCCCCUUUUAUCCCGAAAAGCACACGCCAGGCACAGGCCAAUCUGCCUCCCCUGGCAGCCGCGAAUUUGGUUGUUGAGCAGGAGAAAAGAAGGUGGAUGUGGCAGCCAUGGUGCGGCUCUUUGGCUACGUGGAUGUGACUGACACUGACUUCAUAGUGGCCGUCCUCUCAAUCGCCUUCAACCCUCUCUUCUGGAAUGUGGUAGCCAGAUGGGAGCACAAAACACGAGCGCUCAGCCAAGUCUUCGGCUCUCCACAUGCUGCCUGUUACUGCCUGGGUGCUGUGAUCCUGGUGCUGAACUGUGUGCGGAGCCACUGCUUCACAGAAGCCAUGAAGAGCCAGCCGAAGCUGGAGGGCUGGGACUUACACUGGACCUACUACUCAGGCUUGGCCAUCUCGGCUGUAGGGACCUUGUUUGUCAUCUCCAGCUUCUUAGCACUGGGUUUCACUGGGACGUUCCUAGGUGAUUACUUUGGCAUCCUGAUGGAGGAAAAAGUGACCAGCUUCCCCUUCAGCGUCCUGGAUAAUCCCAUGUACUGGGGCAGCACAGCCAUCUACCUGGGCUGGUCCCUCAUGCAUGCCAGCCCAGCUGGCCUUUUGCUGACAGCUGUAGUGGCAAUUUCCUACACAAUCGCUGUGCUGUACGAGGGGCCUUUCACAGAGGAAAUCUAUCGGCGGAAGCAGAAGGGAGUGAAGAGCAAGUAGCCCCAGAGCACUCUCUCAGGUACCUCGUGCCUCUCCGGUCCCCACACUGUCUGAUUUGCCCAUUUUCCUACUGAGAUGUAUCCUAGUAAUUAGCCCAGCAACCCUUAAUGAGCUGACUGAGCUCCCUGCAGCACUGGAAGUGACCAGAGGAAUAGCCUGAGUGUGGUGGCAACUCCUUGCCACAGCCCAUGGGAGAUGGAGGUCCCUCUCCCCAGGUCUCUGUCCAGGUCACUGAAGCUCCUGAUGCUCUCCUGGGAGUGACACAGUGAGAGACCUCCCCACCUCUUCUCCCUCACCGAUUAUUGGAGAUCUGCAGGGAAAAAGGAAUUUCCUUUGGACUGGAGGGAAAGCAGAGUAAUGAUGGAGACACUGGGGGCCUUUCAUAAGUGAGCUCUGAGCAUAUGGAAGCACCAGCUCCAGCUGACCCUGAAGAUCAUCUGAAGGUGCUGCCUAAGAGCUAUGAGAAGCAGACAAAGCUCGGGUGCAGCAAUGGAGAGGGCUCGGGAGCAGCAAUGGAGAGGGCUCGGGAGCCCCUGAGGAUUCAAAUGCAGCUGGGGAGGGAACAGAGGAAUCUGGUGUGAGCUCAACAACAGCAAAACCUGCUGCAAACCCAACAACCAAGCCCCUCUUUUUUGGGAAAGGAACCUCCCCGUCCAGAUCUGCAGUUUCGCACCCGUGCAGAGCCCUGCAGCGUCUCUGCACUAUUGCAAAGGCUCCGAGAAAAGUGAUUGAAAAGCACAGGGAUGUGAAUGUAUGACCUAAACCACAGCCCAGGGUGAUGGAGGGAUGGCAGCUGUUCCAUGGGGAAAUCCCAGCACGGAGAAGACCCAGGGGAAGUCAAUCCAUAUCUGCACCUCACAGAUAUCCCACCCCUGGCCAUGUUGAUGCCCUGGCCCCUCCUUUUCCCUGGGUCCACAUGAGGGUCCUGCUGCCUUUCCCACCACCCAGUGCCUUCCAGCUGUUUUUCACUGCCUUGCAGGGGCAGUGGGUGGGAGGGAGGGAGGAAGGGAAAGGUUUGUUUCUGCCUUCCACACCAUGCAGCAGCCGGGUACGGAUGUGCCCCUCUGCCCCUGCUACCAGCCUCGGCACAUCCCAGAAUUUCCCCCCACUGGAUCCUGCCUUGAACAGAAAGACUCCAGAGGUGAUGCUGCGGCCUCAGGCUCUGUUUUUACAGAUUCCCAGAACAGUUUGAGAAAUAAACUGUAAAUGACCAAGUGAGCAGGUGCUGGAGAAGGGAGCUGUGCUGCUGCCGGCUCCCACACGGGCACUGGAGCACGGGGCCACAUCUCAGCAUCACAUCGUCCCCUGCACAGAGGGUCCUCCCUCUUCUCAGUGUCACCUCCAUGAAACGGUUCCAUUUCCUUUUGCUUUGCACAUUGUAAUUAAUUCACCCUCUGGGCAUUGCUCAGCAGAAUUAAAAGUGUUGGUCUCUUUUCA